GUUUACUUUUUUGCUGGCAAAAACCCCAACGAAAGUUAGUGCUUACGGUCGGCGGAACGUCAAACGAAAAUCCCGAGGUGAGCAGCGGACAGAAAAAUAUCUUUUGCCACUAAAAUUUUCCAAUUUUCUCGCUUUCGGUGCCAGUUUUCCGUUUCGAACAAAAUUGUGAACUUGUGAUCGACUGCUGGGCAAGAUGCUUCGUGCGCCGUUGACCAGGGUAAUAGUGCUUGGAGCGCGCUGCCCCACGGCAACUCAAACCGCCGUCCGAACUGUGGCCACUACUCCGGCCAAAGCCCCGGAAAAGAUCGAGGUGUUUGUGGACGAUGUGCCGGUAAUGGUCGAGCCGGGAACCACGGUGCUGCAGGCUGCCGCCGCGGUGGGUGUUGAAAUUCCUCGCUUCUGUUACCAUGAGCGAUUGGCCGUGGCCGGAAAUUGUCGUAUGUGUUUGGUGGAGGUGGAAAAGUCGCCAAAGCCGGUGGCCGCUUGUGCUAUGCCAGUGAUGAAGGGAUGGCGCAUCAAGACCAACUCCGAAAUGACCCGCAAGGCUCGGGAAGGCGUGAUGGAGUUCCUGCUGAUGAAUCAUCCGUUGGAUUGUCCGAUUUGCGACCAGGGCGGGGAGUGUGACUUGCAGGAUCAGGCCAUGGCCUUCGGUUCGGACCGUUCGCGGUUCACCGAUAUCGACCACAGUGGAAAGCGUGCCGUUGAGGAUAAGGACAUUGGGCCACUGGUCAAGACCAUCAUGACCCGUUGCAUCCACUGCACCAGAUGUAUCCGAUUUGCCUCGGAAGUGGCCGGAGUCGAUGACUUGGGAACGACCGGUCGAGGAAACGACAUGCAGAUCGGAACGUACGUCGAGAAGUUCUUCCUGUCGGAGUUGUCCGGCAAUGUGAUCGAUCUGUGUCCGGUGGGAGCUUUGACCAACAAACCGUACAGCUUUGUGGCCCGUCCUUGGGAGAUCCGCAAGGUGGAAUCGAUUGAUGUGUUGGAUGCCGUUGGCAGCAACAUCAUCGUCAGCACUCGUACCGGAGAGGUGCUCCGAAUCUUGCCUCGCGAGAACGAAGAAAUCAACGAGGAAUGGCUUUCGGACAAGUCCCGUUUCGCUUGCGAUGGAUUGAAACGCCAGCGUUUGAUCGCUCCCAUGUUGCGCAAUCCCAGCGGGGAGUUGGAAGCCGUUGAGUGGGAAUCGGCACUCAUUACCAUCGCCCAGGCUCUGCGUGGAGCUCCCAAGGGUAAGAUCGCAGCCGUGGCUGGAGGAUUGGCCGAUGCCGAAGCGCUGGUUGCCCUGAAGGAUCUUCUGAAUCGCUUGGGAUCGGAAACGCUGUGCACGGAGCAAAAGUUCCCCACCGAUGGGUCGGGCACUGAUUUCCGCUCCAGCUAUUUGCUGAAUUCGUCGAUCGCCGCCUGCGAGGAGGCGGAUCUGGUCCUGCUGGUCGGAACCAACCCAAGAUACGAGGCCCCAUUGUUGAACACCCGUCUGCGUAAGGGCUAUGUUCAUAAUGAGCAGAACAUUGCGAUGAUUGGACCGAAGGUCAAUCUGUCCUAUGAAUAUGAGCACCUUGGAAACGAUCCCUCGCUGGUCCGGGACAUUGCCAGCGGCAACCAUCCAUUCGCGAAGAAACUGAAGGCCGCCAAGAAGCCACUGAUCAUCGUCGGCGCUAACCAGCUGGCCCGCAAGGACGGCUCGGCUUUCGUGACCGCCCUGCACGUCUUUGCCAACUCGCUCCAGCCGGCUGAUCCCAACUGGAAGGUCUGGAACGUGCUGCAGACCAACGCAGCGCAGACGGCUGCCCUCGACGUUGGCUACACCGCUGGCGUAGAUUCCGUGCUGGCUUCCGACCCGAAGGUUCUGUUCCUGCUCGGUGCCGACGCCGGAGCCAUUAAGAAGGAACAGUUGCCCAAGGAUUGCUUCGUCAUCUACCAGGGACACCACGGCGAUGCCGGAGCGGAGAUAGCCCAUGCCAUCCUACCGGGUGCGGCCUACACCGAGAAGCAAGCCACCUACGUCAACACGGAAGGCCGAGCUCAGCAGACACUGGUCGCAGUUACGCCACCUGGCCUCGCCCGCGAGGACUGGAAGAUUCUGCGUGCCCUGUCGGAAAUUGCCGGAGCACCGUUGCCGUACGACACCUUGGAUGAGCUGCGUUCCCGCAUGGAAGACAUCGCGCCGCACCUGGUCCGUUACGGACGUCUCGAGAAGGCCAACUUCUUCAAAGCCGCCGGUGAGCUGCUCAAGAAUGCCGCCGUGCACUUCGAUGGCAGCAAGGUGGACGUCAACCAGAAGCAGCUGGCGGACUUCUUCAUGACCGAUCCGAUCACGAGAGCUUCGCCCACGAUGGCCAAAUGUGUCACGGCCGCCAAGAAGCAAAGCGCCAAGGCGGCGAAUUAAGACAAAUAAUGGGUAGAAGUUCUUUUCUGUGUCAGUUAAUGUUGCACUUGAACUUAUUAUAAUAUAGAUAACAUCUUGAAAAAGGAAUGGUGCGAUUUUAUAUCGAUGAAAAACUGAUUUUUUCGGAAGCGUUGGACUGAUAAGCAACGCUAUUUAGGAAUGGAAUAAACAAAUUUGUAAAUUUUAUUCACCAUUUACUACACGAGUUACGAUGACCUGUAACCGCUCUAGAGCACCCGAUUACAUAAGUUAAUAAAGAUUGAGAAAUCGAA